AUGGCCGAUUCAGCAAGCGCUCCACCGGAAUCUGGCGCGCCGGGACGUGGGCGCGGGCGCGGUCGAGGCAAGUCGCGCGGUGGACUCGGCAAGUACCUGCGUGCGCGGGGUCGUGGACGAGGACGCGGGCGGCCUGCAGAGUUUCAGAAGCGCCUCGUCCUCGAAGGCGAGGAGGAGGUCGAGCUAAAUGAGGAAGAGCAACAGGAGACGGCGCGGGAGAUGGCACAAAAGUAUGGACGGCGGCAGCUUGGCACUAACGUGGACCGCUAUGCUGAACCCGAGCCCGAGCUAGACUCUGACGGUGAAGCCAUCGUCGAGCCCGAAGUCGACCUGUCUGCGCUCCUUGAACGACAGAAACUCUCGGAUUCCGCGCCGACUGUAGAACCUCGUCCAGAAGAAGACGAGGACGACAUAGACGAAAACGCGGCGCGAAUCCUCGGCAUAGGAAAGCCUGCCUCUGGCACCAAGAAAGGUCGCGUGCAGCAGAUAGAAUGGGAUGCGGAACUUGAGGAGAUGAGUCAGGAGAAGGCGGCGGCAGAGGCGGCUCGAGAUCUCAAAGCGCGUUUCAAAGCACAAACCGCGAGGCAGCGCGCGCGUCCUCCGACCCGGGGUGCGGUAUUAUCAGGCCGGGCGAAACCAGAGCGAGGUCUCGCGGAAGCACCACCGCUUCCGUCAGAUCAUCCCGAGCCCAAGAAGAGCGAAAAGGAAGAGAUGCAAGACUUCUUGGACGACCUUAUUGGGUGA